AAAAAAAAAAAAAAAAAAAAAAAGUAAGAGAUUGCCUUUGCUACACUUGUGAGCAAAUGGCGCUUCUUAUAGAAGCAUUUGUACUUGAAGAACAUGGAAAUAAUUGUGAACACACACGCAUAUAUAUAUACUUUACUGUUAUUGUUUGCUUCACAGUCUGUGUAUUGAAAACUCUGCUGGUAGCUAUAAUAAAGUCUCAAUCAACCAUUACUAUUUCUGUUUGAAGAACUGACGUUACCAUAUUCUUUUGCGUCUGUUUAUAAAAGUCACUUUUUAUCCCUAAAAAUGCUUCUUCAUUACUCACAAUUGGCUAAGAUCCACGUCAUGUUUGCUUAAAUUUGCAGCAAAACAAGAAUACUCGCUUGUUGAAUUCAGUUACGAGACAAUAGAUAGAUAGAUAUACAUUCUCUUGACCUUGAGUAUUGGUCACAGAUAUGAUUGGCUAUUGAAGUAAAAAAUUAUCACCCAAAAAGUUAAAAGUUGUCGCUUAAUGACCCUAUCUCUAUUUAAUGGGUUCCAUUCGGUUAUUUCUCUUUCG